AUGUAUGAAGAUAGAGGUUAUGGCAGAAAUUGGCUGUCAACGGAAAAUAAUGCAAGACGUCUCAAUCCGUAUAGUCGAGUAUAUUCUACAUUAGGUUGUCUUGUUGCUAUUGGUUUUGUUUUGAUUGUUAUUAUUGUUCUAUCAUUAAUUCCUAUUUAUAUAUCUCUUAAACAUUCAAAUACUACUAAUAAUAAUAUUCGAACGUCAAAAAUUUUUAUAAAUGAUUAUACUCUUCAAAUUCAAGCUCCAUUUGAUAAUUUCAAUCCUCAAACAGUUCUUUCCCAAACGAAUAAUCGACAAAGGUUACAAGCAGCACUUACAUCAAUGAUACAACAAGAUUCUCUAUUAAAUGGUUCAGUUAUUGAAAUAAAUACUUCAUCAAGAAAAUCUAAUCGUCAACGUCGACAAACAUCUGAUUUACUUAAUAUAACAUUUGAUUUAAAUAUAACUAGUAAUAAAGUUUGUUCAUCAACAUCAUGUUUAAAUGAUUUUCAAUCUCAUGCUAUUAAUUUAUUAUCAAAUUCAAAUAAGACAACAUCUAGAGUUCGUUAUGAACUAUUGAAUUCAACACAAAUCUAUUGGUUAUAUUAUCGAUUACCACAAAAAAUACAAUCGAGUAAGAUUUUCUAUUUAACAACAACAACAACAAAAAAAAAUGAAGUUAUAUUAUUUUAG